AUGACCCGAUUUCAAGGCUUUCACAACCGAGAAUUUUUCCCCCAAAAAUUUCCUGAUGUCGCGACACUUCAAUCCCUUCACGUUUACGAUGGGGUUCGCACCCUUUUUGCCAAGAUUGGGUGGGAAAAACUUUUGAAUCUUCAUGCUCCUAGUUCAGCUCUCCUCACUCGAGAGUUUUUAGCCACUAUGUCUGGUUUUACCAAAUCUGGGUAUUUUAUCUUUCGUGUCAUGAACACAACUCAUGAGUUGCACAUUGAUGAUCUAUGUAAUAUGGUUCAUGCCCCUAUUGAUGGGACUUAUGGUCCUAAUAUGUCACCCCACAAAUUUAACCAACCUUUUGAACCAACAAGUUUUUGGAGAGCUAUUACCAGGUUGAAUGAUUAUAACCCUUCUCUUUCUAAACAAUCACAAAUCAUUCACCUGGUUUUGAAAAUGACACUUCGACUUAUUUGUAUUAUUCUUUUCCCACAAGAGGACAAGAGUAAGGCUGGCAAAAAAGAGCUUGAACUACUUUGGUGCAUGGUUAGUCGAAACCGGAAACCCCAUCUUGGGGCGUUGCUUAUGUGGAAACUAUUGAAAACGACUCGUAGCACUAUUGGUCAAAUUCAUUGUUGUGGAUUGGUGUCGUUGCUAGCGAGUGUCGUUCACCAACAAGUUCCUGUGGGUUUCCCAUUUUUUCGAGGUGAAACGCGCUUGACUUUGGGUAAUUUGAAAUCGACGAACGUGUUUCGAUCAAGUGCGCAGGGUUAUGUUUGGAUGCGGGAGAGGUCUAGAUAUCUUAUAGUAUCUGAACCUGUCAUGCUUACUCUUAGUGACCCACCUGAGACCACUGUUUGGGUUCUUCCUUCGAAUAUUGCACAAGUAGUUGUUGAGUACGAAAUUCAGCCGUGGUGCCGACGUCGUGCCCAGAUGAUCAAAUCACCAACCUCACCCAACCCUGACGUCCCAUCUUCUUCUCAUCAACCUUUUCCAGACCGCGAUCAAGAUUUUCAUCAACCACAACAGGCUGAACUUCAUGAGCACUCUGAACAACCUGAUCCCAACCCACAACAAGCUGAACUUCAUGAGCAUUGUGAACAGACUAAUCUCAACCCACAACAGGUUGAACUUCAUGAGCAUUGUGAACAACUGGAUCCCAACCCACAACAAGCUGAACUUCAUGAGCAUUGUGAACAGACUGAUCCUAACCCACAACCUAACCCACAACAGACUGAACUUCACGAGUAUUGUAAACGAGUGGAUCCCAGCCCACAACAAGCUGAACUUCAUGAGCAUUGUGAACAAACUGACCCCAAUCCACACUAG